AGCUACACCGCACUUCUAGUAUCAUUACUGUUACUAUCAAUAUACAGAAGGUGCAGGUGAGUUACCACUGCGUUGGUUGCGUGUCGAAUCACACUGCACGCACCACCAUCCCGAAAGAAUACAAGCGCACAUCAAGAACAGUGCGCACCGCAUACGUGUCGUAAUUGACGCACCGCCCCUCAGCCAUCCUCAUAGAGACCCUUUCACCUUUUGUAUGUGUUGUUGAUCUUCAUUUUUUCUUGAUUUCCGCUGCAGUACCGUUAGAAUUCGUUUGUUUAUUUUCCUUUUGAAUUAGUUCUUUUUUCCCCUUCCUACUAUUACGAAGAGAAAUCAAAAUGGCGGGCUUACAGUCUCAAAACAUCUCCGUGGCCUCGACCAAACUUCCUGGUCCGAGCACGUCGGACCGCGACGUGUGCGUCUUCUGUCACCGCCGUGCCACACCCGUCGCCUCUGACCCGCACGCCCCCCUCUUCCCCUUCUUCUCCCUCGUGGACUGCCGCCACUACGCCUGUCAACCCUGCGCCCUGGUGCACUGCGACAACGCGGGUCGCUGCAUCUCCUGCCCGCAGUGCAACUGCGUCUCGCGGCUGGCUCAGUCUGGUCGUCGCCGCGAUUACGGCAGCGCCCCCGAAGCCGAUCGCGUGUUCAUCGACGACGGCGUCUCGUCUGUCCGCUCUCACCGCUCCGCCACUGUGCGACCCUCGCCGCACCGCAGCGCCCUCAAAGGCCAGAGUGGGUCGUCGAAGAAGCGAGCCAGCUCCGUGCAGUUCCCCGCCAACCCCACCACCUCCAUCGUCGCCGCGGACAAGGCGAGCACGACGAGCAACGCCCACGAAAAUGCUGCUGCUGCUGAAGAAGGCGAGGGUCAACGCGCCACCUCUCCUUUGACGCAGGACGCCGUAGAUGCCCUUCCCAUCGACCCCUCCGAGGCCCGCCGUAAGCGGGUACGCGAGCAGCAGCAACGACGCGCCGCAGCAGCCGCCGCGCAGGCCGAGAAGUCCGUGAGUUUGUACGCGAUUACAGCAGAACCACCCAAGCCGUUGUCGACGACCUUGUCGGGCGAUGCAGCCCAGGUGGCGCCGUCACGGCGGUCAAAGGACCGCUCGCGCUCGCAACCAACCCCGAAGCUGCCAAACACGAUUCUGGAGCCCAAGCAGGUAUUCCCGGUUCCACCGCCCUUGGUGCUGCACACCAUCGAUGAAGACGAACCUGCCGCAACUGUGACGGCGGGCGGCGACGCGGCGACGAAUGAGGCCGCCAAGGAUGCGCCAGAGGACAACUCCUCCACGAGCGUCUCCGUCUCAAAGCCCUCCGUGUCGCCGCGCGACAACGACCACGAGACGGAGCCUGCUGCGCAGACGAGUGAGGCGGCGCCAGUGGCGUCCUCGCCGCUUGACCGCGCGCAGCUGGAGGACUGCGAAGCGGCUGAGAGUGAGGCGCGCGGUGUGCUGGACGCGGUUGAAGAACAUGAACGCAGGAAGCUGCGACAGUCGAUGGAGGAGGCCGAGACCGCUAUACACGCCAGGCGCGGCUUGGAGGUGGAGUUCGCGUCAACGCCGCUGCCCUCCCAGCCGGAGCAGCCGCUGACGGACCUGUCCGACCAAGUGAGCGCCACCUCAGACGACGAGCUCUCGCAGCGCUCGUCGGCUCACAAGUCUGGUGGCGGCAGUCUCAGCCGUCGCAAGCACCGCACCCCUCGCAGCAGCGUUGCGGACGGUGAAGUGGCGGGCGGUGCAGCGGCACCAACAACAGCAGCAACAGGCAACGAAGCACAAAAAGGACCGGGCGAGCCGCAGCCGAAAGCGGACACCCCGGCGAACGCGCCUAGUGCCACCAGACCCGUGGCCGGCACGGCGUCUUCGGUGGGCACGCCGUCGCCUAUGACCGCUGCGCGUGCCGCACGUCCAACGGAAGCCGAAGAAGAGGCGCAGGCGAAGGCCAAACUGGAUGCUGCGGAGGCGCAGAAGCGCGAGAUGCAGCAGCAGCAAGAGGAGCGCUACGCUUUUGCCCGCCACUCCUUGGAAGAACGCGAGACCCUCGAGCGAGACGCGCAGUGCAAGACGGAGGCCGCGGUGCGUGCGCAUUACGUGCGGAACGCAGAGGAGUGGCGCACCGCGUUGAUUCCGCACGCGCUAGAGGCCCAACGUCGUGCCCGCGAUGCAGCAGAUGCCGCACGUCAGCAACAGCAACAGCUCGCACAACUACAAGCAGACGAGAACGCAGAUCGCGCCAACGUGGCAAACGAAGAGGCGGACGAGUGGGCGUGGAUCGUAUCAGGUGCGUGCGUCGACCGCGUGGUGGCGGCCACGGAAGAGAGCGAGCGCGUGCAACGUGAGUACAAGGAACUGCGCUACGAGCGCCUGCAACGACAAUUUCAGCACGAUGCCGCACAACUUGUGGAGGAAGAGCAGUUGGGUCGUCGUGCACUUGAAGAGUUUGAAGCAACCUCGCGCGAUUUGCUGCAGAGCAGCUGCCACAUGCAACGCGACGUCGCCGUGGCGGAAGAGGAGCGACUGCGUAGAGAGGCCGCGCAUAAGUCUGCCGCGCGCCGUGAGGCCGCCGCUCAGCAGCGCUGUCAGCGCGAGAGAGAAGACUUGGCCGCGGACGAGGUAGAGGGACGUGCCAUCGUGCGCGAAGAGGAGCGAGAGGAGCGGCGCACGGCAAACAUGGUGUUUGUGCAGGGCGUGGCGGCGGUGCGUCGGCGGGAGCUUAUCGCCGGCUUAACAAACAACACACCGUAUGAAGAAACGGGGGAAAAGGAGGAAGAGGCACCAACCACCGAAAAGACGGGACGUGUGCCUUCCGUCGCCCUCGCACGCCAGACGGCCCCUGGUGAAUGGUCGGUAAAUGCGGAAGCCCCGACUGCCACCGCCACCGUUGCUGAUCGCCCAUCGCAGCAGGCGGACAGCCCGCGUAUCUCCGCAGAGCAGCUGGAGGAAUUGCACCUUCGUCAGGCACAGCACGAGGAAGAAAUGCGCGCAGCCAUGCAGCGACUGCGCGAGGCGGAGCGCCGCGUCGCCGAGGAGGCUGCCAUACGCGCCCGCGCCGAAGAGGAGCGCCGUGCCUCGCAGGCCGAAUCGGAGCGCCUCGUACGAGAAGCGGAGCAGCGGGCUGAGCAGCGCAUCCGCGAUGCCCGUGACGCGGCAGAGCGGCUGAUGCAGGCCCAGCUGUCCGACGUGCGGGACGAGGCCGCCCGCCGUGCCGAGCACGCCGCCGUGAUGCAGAGCCUCGCCGAGGAAGAGCAGCGAGCCGUGUUGGAGGCCAAACUGCAGGCCGCGGAGCGACAGCUGGAGUUGGCGCAGCAGCGAGCCGCCGAAGAGCUUCAGCGCGAGCGCGACGAGGCAGCUGCGAUGGCGGCAGCGGAGGCCGCACGGACCGCCCAUGAGGCGCAGCGCCGUGAGGCGGAAUGGCAGGAACGCGCACGCGCCGAAAAGUUACUGCGACUGUCGGAGCAAGAAAACGAGAAGGCAGACGCCAUCCGUCGUCUCGGCGAGCUCGAGGCGCGGGCAGCGGAGGCGGUGCGGCUGGCACGCGAGGAGGCCGCCCGCAGCGCCGCCGCGAUGGAGGAGCGCAUUGCGGAGAUGGAGCGACGGCAGCAAGCACGAGAGGUCGAGGUGCAGCAGGCGUCGCAGCGGGUGCGGAGCGCACAGGAUAGCAUGCGGGACUUCGACUCGCGCAGCCAAUCCUCGCUGCAUACGACUCCGUUGCGGGCGGAGGGGCGCGUGGCCAUCCUCCCGCAGACGAGUAGCCUGCGACCCAGUCGGCACGCCAGCGUAUCCAUUGCCACCACGCCGUCACGCUCUGAUCGUCUUUUGGCCGCCUCGGCGUCGGCGUCCGCCGUGGUCCCAGCAUCGGUGGUGUCUCCUGGGUCUCGGCACUCCAUCCAGACACCGCCGCUGGCCCCUUCGCCAACGCAGACCUCGUCGCUCGUGCCACGUGUUACGUCUGUGCAGCAGCACCAGCAGCAGCAGGCUUCGGCUUCCUCUGCUGCAGAGCCACAGGCCGAGAACGCCUCGACGCCGCCGCGUGUGAUGCUUGGAGCGGGUGCCAGCACCCCCCUCUCCGCUCACUCCGCACAGCCCACCUCACUGUCGCAUCAGCGAAUCCCGCUGCCCGCCUCUUCUUCCCCCGCCGCAGCUGCGUCUGCGAGCGGCGCUGGUCUCUACAACUUCGACCCGGCGGAUGUGGUGCGGGCGGCGAUUCGCGAAGCCGUAAUGGAAAUUGUGGCUGCGCAACAGCAGGCGCAGCUGCUGCACGAUCAAGCGGAGCAGCACGCGGAGCUCAGCGAGCGCCGUUUCCAGCGGCGGGAGAGUGACCGAAUGCGGGCGGCACACGAGGUGGCCGAGCUGGAGUCCUCCCACGUGCGGAGCGAGAUGAGUGUGAGUCCGCAUUAUCCACCGUCGCGGCAGCGCACGUCGGACCGCACGCCUUCGUUGGGCUCCGAACGGGUGCACGGCGGUCGCAACGAGGAGACUCCGCUGGCGUACUCCUCGGUGUCCAGUCCUGCUGGUGCUGCAGUCCCGGUGCCCUCCGCCACUGCUGCCGCGCCGGGCUUUGUCAUCGGCAACGCCAUGUCGAGCACCUCCUCCGUCUACUUCGACGAUCAGCCGUACUGGACGGCUGGUGACGGUCGCGGCAGCACAGCGUCAGCAGCGGCGCCAUUCACGCGUGGUCCGCCUCCACCAAACCAGUACCGAUAUGAACCCUUUGUACCAUGGAAGCCGCAUCCGCAGUCACAGACGGCUGCCCCUGCUGCUCAGCCCCGCCAAGCCGCGUCGCGCGUGCUCUUCCCAACCCACCGUGCCCAUUCGCAAGGCGCCGCGGUGGGUGCACACGCAGGACAAGACCUCCGCCGUGGAGAUGGCGGCUAUCCACUUCCGUCAUCGCACGCAGGAGGAGGAGGCGGUGGCCACGCAUACAACGAACCGGAGCCGUCGAAGCCCGCCUCCGUCAUCAUCGAGUACUCCCCUCCACCGCCGCGCCGCAGCACCACACGCGCAGCCGCCGAAGGCGAGCGGCCGUACGCUGCUGCUGGCGCACCGGCAGCGACAACCAACACCGCAGUCACCUCCACCGGUGCUCUCCCGCAGGCGAGCCAGGUGUGUCCGCGCUGCUACCGCGCCGACGCGACCUCGCCGUGCUGGCGUUGUGGGGAGAUGAUCUGCCGCCACUGCGGGCUGCGACAGAACUCGGCACGCAAGCUGUGCUGCAGCGCACACCUUCGCGCGCAGCUACGCGACUACGCACGACAACAGCAGUAUCCGAAGGUGUCGCAGUCUCUGCGAGGAAAUCAGCAGGUGCAGACUUCUUUCCGAACCUCGACGGAUGCCAGCGACAGCGUCAACAACAGUCCUGGUGCGUUGUCACUAGACGCACCGGAUCGGUACGACGCGGGAACCUCGACGUGGCGGCCGCAGGAGCCGCCGUCAAUGAUUCCACCCGCCGCCUACUACCGUCCUGCUCCUCCGUUCCCUCCGCAGCCUCCGCAGCCGCAGCACCAAGAAAACCCUCAACAAUACUACUUCGAUCACCCCGGCUUGUACGCCAACCCGGUCUCAGUGGCGGCCAUGACGGCAGGGGAGCCCAUCGCCUAUCCGUCCGGCAACCCACGCAUGCCGCACGCGUACCCAUGUCCUUACCCGACUCCGGCGAUGCAGCCCCAGUGGUCGUGGCAGCCGAUGUACAUACAAUCACAACCUCAGCCAUUGCAGCAGCAGCAGCAACAGCAACAGCAGCAGCCGGCGGGCCUGACGCAGACACCCCCUCCGCAGGUCCCUCUACCGGCCGCCCCGUCGCAGCCGGCGCCGCAACGCGUCGCUGAUGUCGCCGUGGAGGAAGACAAAAGCUCUCGUGGGUCGCAGCCUCCCCGUGCUGACUCCGCCGCCCAUCGGGUCCCGGCGUCCUCGCAAGACGGCUGCAGACGGACCGGCAGCGCAUCGAGCAGGAGCAGUGCGGCGGCCUCGGCACCUUCCGCGGCGGUUCGUAUUACUCCUCGCCCUGAAAGCAAUCCGGAAGCGGCCGGAAGCGCGUCCGCCAGGCCAGCACCGGGACCCACGACACCGGUGAGAAGCGAAGGAGCAGAACAGCAGAAGGCGCAAGCGGUGCCGCUGUCGUCCACGCCCGACGAAUCGCAGCCGCCCCUGCAGGACCCGAAGACGGAGCGCAAGAGGACGGCAGCUGCCUUCUUCGUGCCCCUGGGCGGCGGCGGUGCCGAGGAACCGCGUCGACCGAAGCCGCCAACGCCGUGCAACUACGUUCCCAGCAAGUUGUUCCCGCCGGACGCGGUGCGUGCUGCCGCGGCGACCUUUGCGAAGGCAAACCCAAAGAAGGUCAAGCGGCCAUCGCCGUCCCCACCGGCAGCAAACUCACGGAUGCAGAGCGGUGUUGGUCGGCGCGCCUCUCCUCCCCUGCGCACCCCAGGUGUCCGCGCAGCGCUGCACGACCCGUACGCCGCGCGGGUGCACAACGCUCGCCCACCGCGUGCGAGCAGCCCUGCGGCGGCCCCGCAGCGCCGUGCGUCGCCAGGCCCCUACGGCCACCCGCGUCGUACGAGCGCUGACUGGCAACCCACGCGACGGCAGCCGACGGCCUCCCCACGCACGCAGCCGCGGCCCACCGUCCGCGCAGAUGCCCCAGAGCCGCAGCCGGUGCUCGUGUCCUACAUGAAGGCAGUUGCGCCGAUGCACCCACGCUUUGCGGAGGUGCGCAAGGACCGCCCGGCGGCGGCCUCGAGGAGCACGCAGCCACAGCCCCCGUCCGCGUCGUCGGACUCAUAUUCUCCGUACACGACCUCGACCUCGUCCACCUCGCAGCCGCAAGUGGACAAGCGGGCGCGAAAUGAGCCGCUUGUUUCUCAGCAGCGGCGCGAGGACGAGGCGAGCCGCGGGCAUCGCUUCCAACCGACCUCACAGCCGCAUCCGCACCGUGAGCACGGCGAUCCAAACAGACAGGCAAGAGCAGACGCAGCGGGCUCCCUGCCACAACGUCCGCUGCAGCACCGCUACGCCCCACGCUGGUCAGACCCGUCGACGGUUUCGUUUAACGCGCCAGAGCGUCGUGUGCCGACCUUAGCGGAGUUGGACAGCCGGCUGCAGAAGCUGCGUGCGCAGGACGAGUACGAAGCUGCGCAGUACCAACAGCGGCAGUCCCGCCUGGGGAGAAACACCUCUCCUCAGCAGCGGCGGCCCAGCUACCCAUCGGUGCAGCCGCAGGUUCACGUACUGCUAGAGACGCCUGGAGGUGCGCCCCCUCCACUUCACCGCCCGCGCAGUCCACAACAGCGCACCGCUUCUCCGCCGUGGCGGACAGACCUGAAUUCCAGCCCGUUGCGUCCUCGCUGGGAUAUUAGUCGGCCUCAUUCCCCAGUGUACCAUCCCCCCGUCACCACAGUGGAGCACUAG